AUGGAAGAAAUCCAAACUCCUACAGUCCAGCCAGCCUCAUCAAAAGACCCUGCAAUCCAAAUAGCAGAUCAAGAAGUCAAAGACGCUUCUCCAAUUCACGAAGAAACUCCAGAUCCAGACACUUUAUUUUUCCAAGGUCUCGAAGAUUUAAAAUCAAAUUUAUUCGAUAUAGCAGUCGAGAGGCUUGGGAAAAGCUUAGAAAUAAAAGUCGCAAGACAAGGAGAGCUGUCUGCAGACCUUUAUAAAAAUUACUAUCACUAUGCUGAUGCUAUACUCCACCAAUAUGAAGCUAAUCAGGAUUCUCAGCUAUUUGGAGAAGAGAUCCCAGAAGGAGUUGUUUACUCUGAUGAAGAAAAUUUUGAGAUGGGAAGCCCUCAAAAUGUGGAAAAUGAAGGUAAAUCUGAUGAAAGUGGAGAAAGCGGGUCUGAAUCGGAUAGAGAAAACUCAGCUGAAAACUGCAAAAAUGAAGUUUUGGCGGAAAAUAAUGAAACGCCAUUAGAAAAUAAUGAAGCUCCAGCUGAAAACAAUGAAGCUCCAGCUGAAAAUAAUGAAGCUCCUGCAGAAAAUAAUGAAAUGCCAGUUGAAAGCAAUGAAGGAAACAAUCCUGUGGAAAAUGAUGAAGAUGAGGAUGACCUUCAACUUGCCUGGGAAAACUUAGAAACUUGCCGCGUCAUUUUGAAUUUGCACCAAAAUGACUUGCACUAUCUUUUCCUCACUCAUGUCCGCCUUGGCGACCUUCAAACCUGGAAAGAACUAUUCGAAGAAGCUUGCCACGAAUACCAAGAAGCCUUAUCCAUUUUAUUCCGCAUUCAGGGUGAGGCUCCAUCCAGACGCAAAGCAGAAUUAUUUUUCUUAAUCGGCACAACUUUUCUAAAUCAGCCAGGCAAAGAAAAAGAUGCCGCCCAAAAUUUUAUUCUAGCUGUAGGACAGCUUGAAGGAACGAAAGAAACGAUUUGUGAUGCAGCAGAAGCUAAAGAAAUCGAUGAACUGAUGAAUGAAAUUAAGAUGAAAAUUGAUGAUGCAUUGGAGCAGGAGCAGAGUAUAAAUAUAUUGAAAUCCCAGACCAUGGAAGAGCCAGAAGAUUUUUCUGCUCCGACAAUUGUGAAUGGAGAAGUCCAAGACUUGGGAGUGCUAGGAAAAAGAAAAAGAGAAAAAUGCGAAAAUGCAGACCCAAAUGUCCCUGAAAAUAUGCAAGAAGGGAAUGAGUGCAAAAAAUCAAUUGAAAAUUAA